ACUGUGUAAAAGUCUGGAGACCCGUGGAGCGAGAGAUUCAGUCAGUCGAUAGCCGUCGGGGGCGUCGUUCACACACGUACAAGUCUCGCUCUCUCCCUUUUGGAACCCACCGAAUUUCAGAAAACAGUUUUUACCUUCGUCUUGUUAACAAGUUAUUCUCUUGCCAACAAUUUGGACUGUGCGAACCCAAAAGGAUUUUUUAUUUUUAUUUGAAAAAUUCCCUUCUUUGUAAUUGCACUCCUUUCGUAUUUUAUCCAUCUCAGAUUGUUGUUGCGCAAUUGACACCUUGUCCGCGCUCUUCUUCGUCGGUUUUUUUGUUGUUUUACCUGAGUGCAUCAACCGCCGCCGUUAUUGUAGAGGAACAGGAGUGGGACGACCCAUUUCUCUGGACGUAACCGAUUCCUCCCCACUGUUAUAUUACUUUUCUCUCGGCCGGCGUGAACAAUUAAACGAAAGAAAACUAAAUAGCCGGCAGCGCCAGUGUCCGGUGCGACUUCCUCUUCGGUCUAGUGUGUAAAUACACACGCACUCAGACACACACACACAGUAGAGAGAGAGUACACACACACAACAGCAACUACGUGCCAUCGUCGUUUAAAGCGCUCUCGUCUACCUCGGCUGUUGUUUUCUUCAUUUCGUGCGUGAGUGUCGAGAGGGUAUUACCGUUGGACAGGAACGGACUCCGCCCGGCUCUGUGGGAGAUUUUUUGGUGUGUGUUUACGGUACAGCUGGCCGGCUGGUUCAAGUGUGUAUCUCUGUGUGUGUGCUGUUGUUGUUGUUGUUUGUGUGCCCGCGCGUCUGUGUACCGGCAUCAUCAUCGCAUUUUCCCAUUGACCAGUUCGUCGGCCUCUACAUUUUUUUUCUCUCUCCUUCACGUUCGUUUGUUAAGUUCUCCCGCGUCCUCCUCUGUGGGUCCGGUUGAAUGGUGGCGACUCGUCUUGUUGACUGUCCCGUUUCCGAUGCUCUCCGACUCGAGAGCUGUGUCAACCCCACUUCAACUCUUUGGUGAAAGCGUCACUUAAUUGGCAACUGUCAGUGGCCAUCAGCCAACAACAAUUAGUGCGAUCGUGCAGCACCAGUUUUGCCUCUCUUUUGUUUUCUACCCUCCCCACUCCCAACCCCGUUUUCAUCCCUUCCUUCCUUCCUCCUCCUCCCGCGCCAAUUUCCAUCCAUCAAAACUCUACGACGAACGAGGAUUACAUUGGCUUGUAAACUCAUUUGCGCGUCGCCUGCAAACAGUUUGGACGUUUUCUCACCCGACAAACAAACUUCCACCGGUUCCACCGAAAGUGUCAAAUUCGCCGUUCGCUCGAAUUCGGCAACUUAUCGACAAUAAACAGCCAAAGACGCUGUGCCAUCAAACCCAACGACCCCCACGUGCAACCCCGCCGUCGACCCGAACAAUCCGAGCAACAACAACUACAACUACUACUAGUAAAAAUACGAGAGAAGGAGAGGAAAACUAUAUACAUUCGGAGGCAGACCGCGUUGACGUUGUCUUGAUCCCCCCCGUCAGGAGAUUGGCCCACCAGACCGGGGCUCUGCCAUCAACCCGGAAUUCGGAGACCGCCCUCUCGUCCGUCUUCUUGUCUUGAAGAACACACGCCGAUAACGCAGGUUGGAUCUGCGUGCAUCGUGUUGGAUUUUGACAGCGUACUGCUUAUUCGUUCUUCAAUCGGCAAGCGAAAAGAGGAAAAAGGGUUAUAUCAUCCUGGAUGCCUACCUUUGACGAAGCUAGUCAUCUCACAACUCUCUCUACCGGAAGAACAAAGAAUCCAUUCGUUCGAGUGGAACACACGUGAAGAAGCCUGCUCUUCUUCUUUUCGGUUUGAUUCAUCUCGGGGAAAUUUUCAGUUUCGUUAACGUCGUCCUCAGCUUCUUCCUUCCGAACGGCGGUGAAAAAAAGUUGACUUUCAACAUGGUUUCCAUUCCGCUCCCGGAUGGAGUCAGGACGUUGCUCCGAGUAUUGGUAUGGUCAACGGUGAUCUGCUGCCUGGCUGCCGCCUGCCCGGAAUCGUGUACCUGCAAAUGGAAAGGCGGGAAACAAACGGUGGAGUGCGUCAACAAGGGACUGAUUGCUUUGCCGGAAGGCAUGGAUCCCGAGACUCAGGUGUUGGACAUUUCCGGAAGUACCCUUCAGAUUCUACACCGGACACUGUUUCAGCGCUACGGUCUCGUCAACCUUCAACGUGUUUACUUGGCCCGCAGUAGGCUCGGACACCUGGACGAUCUCACGUUCCAGGGACUAACCAAUUUGGUGGAAUUGGAUCUUAGCGACAACAUGCUGACUUCCAUUCCGGUGGCAGCCUUGUCUGAGCUACCAGCCUUAAUGCGACUCUCCUUGGCUCGUAAUCCUGUGCGUCGCGUGAGUGCCGAUUCCUUCCGUAAUCUGCGCUACUUGAUCACGCUGGAACUCAGUCAAUGUCAAAUCGAAGCUGUCGAAGUCGGAGCUUUCGACGGUCUCAAGGCCCUCGAGUGGCUCAAGCUAGACGGAAACGCUCUGGCAAACAUUGGCGGAUCGACUGUUCUUCCGCGAUCCUUGCACGGCGUCACCCUUCACGACAAUCCGUGGCGAUGUGACUGCCAACUCUCACAACUGAGGGCGUGGCUAGUUCAAUUUAACAUCCCACUCUCCAUGGAACCCAAAUGUUCUCAACCGGAGAGACUAGCCGGUCGCUUGGUCAAGUCGCUGGAUCCGAUGGAUUUCGCCUGCGCUCCGCAAAUUACAUCAUCCGUUACCAUUCUCGAGGUGUCAUUCGGCGAUAACGUGACACUUAGCUGCCAGGUCACCGGCGAUCCUGAUCCUCGAGUCUCCUGGUUUCACAACGGCCAGAAGAUAACAGCCACUUCUAGUAGUACGGCCGUUUACUCUUCCGCCAACGAAACGGAAGCCAACGAGUUGAGCUUCUACUACACUUUCAUCGGCGUCGACGGCUCCGACAGUCAGCGCAGCGUUUUGAACAUUGUCAACGCCACCAACAGAGAAAACGGAUCGUACGUCUGCACUGCGGAGAAUCGCGCUGGAUCGGCCCGUAACAAUUUCACUUUACUUGUCCAACCGCUGCCGACGCCUCCUCCACCGCCGGGGAGCAUUGAGUACGUUAUCACAGUGGGAGGAGUGGUAGCAGCCAUCGUUAUAACGAUGGUCAUUAUUGUCGUAGCGGUGGCUGUCCGUUGUUGUUGUUGCCGCCGCCGUAGUCACCGGACUCGAGACAAGACCGCAAAUAAUGUCGCUUCUAUCGGCGGCGUAGGCGACUCGACCAAGACCAAAGCCAACUCCAGCCUCUCCCCGGAGCUGCCCCCACGUCCGAUCCAGAUGUUGCCCUCGUCGUCCAGCGUUGGCAAUAAAGGCGAUAACGGCUAUGCUGUCGGAGUCCCGUUGACUGGCGGCGUGAGGGCAGGAGGCGGUGGGCGCGAAUAUCACUCAACGGCUCUCGACAGCACGCUGGAUCAAAGUCCCGAUUUGAUCAAUGACACGACAACUACCGCCAAGUGGAAAGAACAGAAUGCACAGGCCGUCUGUUUGGACGAUGGCCAGUUUUCGCCAUCUUUGUACGCCGGAGGAGCCACGUCAAGUGGAAAUGGCCAAUACUAUCCGUGUUCUGUCCCACAAUUGUCGACAAUUAGCGAGGCCGUGCUUCAGCAACAACAGCAGCACUUUUAUCCGGCUCAUUGCUCGACCAAUCCGUACAACAGUUCCAGCAAUUUGGCCGUUCUCAAUCCCGCUGGUUACUUGAUACCUAUGCCUAUGUCUGGACUCCCUUUGGUGGAUGCUGAAGGAUUCCCGAUCGACUACGGUCUACCGCGACCCAGUCGACCGACUCGACCGGCCCAAACUCACGUCCGCUUCGCCGAUCCGCCCUCGGUGAGCGUCCGCCACUAUGAGAACUAUGUCGUGGAUGGUGACAAUCAUCUGCAAGAAGCAACCAUCGAGAACUUUUUACCCGACCGCAAAUAUCCCGACUCGUACGAUCCAUUACCCACCAGCCCAAUGAAUGGCGGUAAUCAUUCGGAAAUCCGCUAUCCAUCGGAACGUUAUCCGCAGAACUUCUCUCCAUCUUCUUUCCCCGUUGGUUAUAACGGGACCGGCAACUAUGAAGAGAUCAUCGCCUCCCCCCCGUCUGCCUAUGCAGGACAUCACAACCAGCAACAGCAGCAACAACAACAACAUCAGCAGGACUACAUGUACCCACCACCCGGUCAAAUGAUGAAGCCAAACUCGUCUACGAGCAUUGAGAGUUCCGAGAAUUCGACUGUGACAUUGACGGGCGGUGCUCCGUCAUCACCUUUAGACGUCAGCAUCAACGACGCUUCCUCCUCCUCGCCGGGAUUCCUCUGUUCGACGCUACAGCGACAGCCACACGAAUCUCCAGAUGAGGGUUACGAAGACGAAGGAAUCGAUGGCACCGAAAUUUAAAAUGCUCGAAAGUGUUUAUAUUUUAAAAAUGUAAAAGUGCAUUUUCAUAGUGACAGUCAUGAAUUUUCUAUUGAAAUCAAUAGAUAGUAUCGACGUGGGAAAGUAUUUUAUUACUUGUUCUCGGCGAUGCAAUCGUCUUCUUCCUUUCUAUUUUUGUGAUGUCACUUUGUGCUAAUUAUGCUAUUGCACCUUAAUUACUGUAAGAUGCGACAAUUGCAGACUUAGAAUACCCAGAUUAUAAAAUAUCGAAUGUAUUGUAAUUCACCAUGUAUGAUCAACUGACGAUUUAUUAUCGAAUUGUUUAGGGUUUUUUUUUUCAUUCACUUGCGCCAACUAUCUCCUUUUUCCGUUGUCUUCUACCGUUUCUUGCAUUAAAAAAAAACAAAAAAACAAAAAAAAGAAGGGAGAAGAAAUACCAGCUUUGAUUUGAUUUAGAUUAUAAUAUUUACGCAGUUCAUAUAUUCACAUAGCUGAGAUUGUAUCCAGGUGGCGGUACAUUGCUGUCUAUUAUUUGGAUAAACACGAUUAUAUUUGUAUUUUAUCGACAGCGCAUGCAAACCGUUUUUUGUAUAUACAUAUAAUAAUAUAUAUAAGCGAAGAAAAAUGGUUUCUAUGUAACCGAGCCUGAAUAUAUAUAUAACGUGGUUUUCAUUA